AUGUCCCAACAGUUCACAGAACUCGCUUGCACAGUUCGAAAUGCCCUCAGUGAGUUCCAAACUCCAAACGAAUUGGAUCUCCAAGGCCUUGUGGAGGAUGCGUCGUCGUUCGAUGCAUGGGUGGCAAUGGCCAGAUCGGAGGAACUGUCAAACUCUGGGCAACUCAGUUUCCCGAAAUGGAUGGUCCCAGAAGUAUUCCCCGCCAUCACUUCCUCCCUGUUUAUGGUUCGCGUUCAUUGGAUGAUGGGCCACCAGCCAGAUGAUCUUUGGGAUGGAUCAAUCGUGUCCCCAUCGCUACGUGACCCUUUUGCUAUCAAUGGUGAGCCAGCUCUCACCUUGCAGCGGCUCAUCGAGUUUGCAUCCCGUCUGGACACCACUUCGGAGCAAUAUCGUCUGCUGAGCAACAUUUAUUUGUGUGCUGCCGCUCUGAAGGAGAUGAGGGAUGAGGGAGCCCUGAAGUUUCUUCCCUCUCAUUAUGGCGAUUUUGAUUUCUCCUCUGUCCUACUUCUCAACACUACCCUCACAAACCCGACGACGCUCCCACAAUGA